AUACCAGUCUGCCUCUAACCUUCAUGAGAGAAGGAAGUGACUAUUUAGUAAAGUGCGCUCCAUGUGUUGUUGUUUGGUCUCGCGGGCGGACGCGGCAGCUGAAUCAAAGAGAAUCAAUAAACUUUUUGUUUUGAGAUCGUAGCUCAUUAGUGACCUCGACAUAUCAACGAGAUGAGACGAUACUGCCGGCCUGACAAAAAAGAUCAUCGCUGACACACUGGCACGAAUUUCUGAAAAUCAGAUUUGAUAAGAAGGAUCAUAGAGGACCACUUCGACGAAAUAUAAUGACGAUCCGCCUGAUUGUGUUACUGGCUUUCGUGGUGAUGCGAACCGAUUGCACCAGCGCGCCGAGCGAGUUGUGCGAAGUUGAUGACCUGGCCUGCAAGAAUGUGACCCGAGGAACCAACUGCGGCUGCACUUUUAGCGGCACCAAGGCCAAAUGUUGCCACUUCAAGCUCAACCUGGUUUCUGACUACGUUUUCAACUGCAACCUUGAAAACCUGACCGCGCUGUUCUUCUUCAAUUGCUCCUCGCCGGACACCGGCACCAACGUCCGUAACCUUGAUCUCACCCCGAUAUUGAAGAAGUAUCCUCAGUUGCUGACAAUGUCAUUCACAAACGCUGAUUACAACACAAUAGCGUUUGAUCCUCGAAAUGACAGCAGGCCAAACUUGCAGUGCCUAAAUGUUUCAAGCAACAAUCUUGAAAACGACACUGCUAUCAAAAAAGUAAUUGAAUCAGUCCCGUCUCUGCGGCUCAUCGAUCUUGCGAGCAACAAUCUUUCUUAUGCACCAAACAUUAGCAACGGAGAAGAUUUAUGGAUGCAUAUGGCUGAAAAUAAAUUUUUACGCUGCGACGGGAUAGCUGACAUGAUGAUGAAUAACAGUACAAAAUUUCUAAACCCUGGGAAUACCACUUGCGUAAAAACCACUAGUAUCAUCCAAUGGGAGGCAAAUACAGAUGUCUUUCGUUUGUCUCUUGACAACAUCGAAUAUGCAAAUAUGGUGAGCCAGCAGUGUCCUUCGAAGUGUAUGUGCAACAAGGGUAGAUUGAUUCCGACUGGAAUUUCAACGAUCAUCACAGUGGAAGUUAACUGUUCUAGCAGGCACCUUACAGAACUACCAGCAGUUCUUCCCAUGCACACCACUGAUCUCGACGUGAGCAACAAUAAUAUAACAAAUCUGAUGCCAAUGUCUGUCAAAAACAAGAAUUCAAAUUACAACAAGUUGAGGACUCUCUAUGCCGACAAUAAUAAAAUUACUUCAAUCGAUGCCUUGGAGGGAACCGACUUUCUAAAUUCUUUCGACUUGAUUAGUUUGAAAAAUAAUAAAAUCACAAAUAUUCCGCAUUUUAUUAAAAAAGCCUUUGACAAGGAUUCAGGCAAAGGACAGAUCAGCAUUAGUGGAAAUGAUUUUAGCUGUGACUGUUCCACAGCAAUGCAAACUAAGCCUUGGCUCAUUACGCACAAGUCGCACAUACAGGAUUUUGAUCAAAUAACGUGCAGCAACAUGGGCAAGAAAAAGGUUGUGGAUUUGGUGCAAGAAACUUUGUGUGUCAAUGAAGAGAUUAAUUACAUUUACUACAUAAUUGCUGCUGAAGUGUUGUUGCUACUUCUGUUAGUUGGAAAAGUUUCCUACGACUACUGGGUUUUCAAACACGUUGGCUAUUUGCCCUGGCCAGCUUCGAAAAUGCCCAGACUCCCAUGUGACUAUUUUUUCGAAAAGUGAGCCCAGAGAUUUUGAGAAAUGAUGAUAGGAGUUGUGGACAUAUUUUUGCACAUAUGUAUUUAUGUUCCUGAACUGAUAAUCGAUAAAACUGCUUGUUUAGUUCAUUCGGCAAAUUAGUGUAUUUUUUACAAAUUUUGAGAACAAGUUUUUGUGUCAAAUAAUAUGUAACAUGAGGACUUUUGCAAGAGCAAAAACGUGUAAAUUUUUUAAGGAAAAAGACAAUAGUGUGUCAGCAAGGGUCAUAUUGUUUUUUAGAUAAUGAUUGAUCUUCAUGUGAUGAGUAUUGAAUCAAAUAAAGAAUUGCCAUAUUUAUCUAUUUAAGACGAAUUCCUUGUCAAAUGUGCCUGUUUGUGAAAUUCUUUUUUGUAAAAAGUCCAAUUUUGGUAAUUGUAUUAUACAGCAUGUAGAAUAAAUUCUAAUUAUAAGAUGUAUAA